AUGCCUAGGAAGGAAUGGGUCGCCGAUGACUUCCGAGAAGAACUCAAUAGGAAAGUGAAGUCCCUCAACAGAGUCUGCACAUGCCCAGCAUGUAAGCCGGAGGCAUAUGACCUUGAUACCCCGUGCUUGUUCUCUCCGAAGUGCAGGGAGAUCCACAGCGAAACCUCUCCAGCGAGCAAGGCGCCGGUCCCUUUCCUAUCGGUAAGAUCAUACGACGCGAUGCACUUGGCCGAUCAGACGAUGCAAUACAUCGACCGCAAAGGCCUUCAGGCGUACAAGCGCCAAAGAGAUGCCAUACCGCGUUGGGAAGCGCUCGUAAAAGACGGAGACCUGGUGGCAAGACUCGCUCGACGGAAUCUAAAGGACUCCGUCCCCAUCAAGGAGCUUCAGAAAGCGCUCGCGGUUUUCAAUGACCUGUAUUUCUUCGGGGCUUUGAAGAAUAUCAGAAUCGUAUACGGAAAUCGUCUUUCGAAGAGCAAUAGACUCCAAGGGUUCGACCACGCAUUAACCGAGGACACGGGACAAGCUUCGACAAUUCUCAUCAGCUCAACUCGACACUGGGGAAAGGAAGGGUGGGAGGUCUUGGCUACCUUGCUGCAUGAAGCUUUGCACUGCUUUUUGGACCAGCUCACUUCCAAGCCCUGUGGGUACUGCGCGCCUUGCAAGCAAAGAGUUGAUAACAUUGGCGUUCAUGGACACGGCAGAGCUUGGCAGCUUGUGGCGAUGAAGCUUGAGGAGGUUGCACCUGAUCAGCUCGGCUUUGAUCUUGACAUGUAUAGAACAAAGGGUCUUUACAACGACUUGGUGACACACCAAGAAGGGGAGUGGCCGAGUAUUCAUGACCUGACUGUCUGGGGACUUGAUGAGGGAUGA